AUGACAGACCGGGGUCAAAUUAUGGACAAAUCCAAGGACAGGCCAAAAUCUCGCUCAUCCAGGUCAGGCUUGCAAUUCCCAGUUGGGCGAGUGAACCGAUUGUUGAAGAGGGGCAAAUACGCUGAGAGAAUUGGGGCUGGGGCACCGAUUUUCUUGGCAGCUGUUCUCGAAUACCUGGUGGCUGAGGUGGUGGAAUUAGCUGGAGCCGCCGCCAGCGACAACCAGAAGCACCGGAUCGCCCCUCGUCACAUCCAAUUAGCGGUGAGGAACGAUGCUGAGCUCUUACAGCUCCUCGGAGAUGUGACGAUCCCGCAGGGAGGAGUACUACCAAACAUCCAGACUCAGCUCUUACCAAAGAAAACCGCUAAGGGCGCGGGAGAAACUAAGGAUCUUGGCUCCUUGGAAUUUUGA